AAAAUAGGAGAUGGUGACAGAACGAAUGAGAUAAGAGUGACAGUCACAGUUUCCUCUAUAUAUAUCUCCUGUAUCUAUACAUAUUCUGUGAGAGAAAACACACACACACACAAGAUCAACCUCUUUCGCUUUUUCAUUUUGUCCGUUUCCGCUCCUCCGGCCGACCAUACACCGGUACAAUUUUCGUUGUCAAAGCUGAUUACAAGUAUUCUCUACAAUGGAUGGGAAUGGGAACGGGAAUGGGAAUGGGAAUCGACAACUGGAGGUCCAUUACAUAAACUCAGGAUUCCCGUACAACGUCAAUGAUGGCUUCAUGGACUUCUUUAAUGGGGUUCCACACCAACCCGCACAUUAUGCUCAUUCGGGACCCAUCCAUGAUCAGGAAAAUGCAUAUUGGCAGAUGAAUAUGAAUUCGUACAAAUACGGAUUACCGGCUCAUGGAAGUAUACCUUAUUAUGAUCCAUAUGAGGUUCAUAAUUAUUUACCAAGAGUGGAUAUGAAUCGAAGCGCAUGGGAAUAUCCUGUAAUGAUGAAUGUCACAGAACCAGCUUCUGUCGAUGUGCAGCAAUCUGCUGAGAAUUCGGUGUCAAACAUGCAAGUUAUUCCCGAAGAAUGUAGUCCAAACGAUGACAGUGCUUCUAGUUCUCCGGUUGUUUGGCAGGAUGAUAUCGAUCCAGACAAUAUGACAUACGAGGAAUUACUUGAUUUAGGCGAGGCUAUUGGGACCGAGAGCCGGGGUCUUUCUGAAGAUCUUAUUAAUUCACUUCCAACUACAAGAUAUAAGUCGGGCGGUUUCUUUUUGAGAAAAAAAUCUGGAGAGAGGUGUGUGAUUUGUCAAAUGAGGUAUAAGAGAGGGGACAAGCAAAUCAAUUUGCCAUGCAAGCAUGUUUAUCAUACCGAGUGUGGCUCCAAAUGGCUCAGUAUCAACAAGACGUGUCCUAUUUGCAAUGUGGAAGUGCUCGGGGAGGAAUCAAAUCAACAUUAAACUCUCUAUCCUUUUUCCGGAAUUUUGUUUUUACUUAUAUAGAGGUAGUUGUUUGUUCUCAAAUCAUUAUAUGUUUUAUAGGGCAUGUCAUUAGGUUUAUAAUGGUGAAUAUGAAUUACUGGAUUGGUUUUAGUCGUUUUCCGAGUUUUAAUUUUUCUUUUUCUAAGGUGGUGGAAUGGACCAACGUUUACCUUUGAUUUAUAUGACAGUCGACAACCCCGAAA